CAGCAAUGUCAUCGGGCAGACUGCCGCCGACGGGAAGGGGGAGCGCUCCUGCUGCCAAUGGCACCCCUAGGCCUUCGGCUCGCGCGGGAUCUGCUUCGACGGCGCCGGCGGGAGCAGCAGGUGCCGGACGACAGGGGUCCUCCACGCCGGGACCGCCGGGCGUGCGGCCUGGCGCGGGGGCCACGCAGAGCAUGAUCCGACCUCGAGGCGCGGCGCCACCGCAACGGAUGAUGUUCCGCCCCGUCAUGCCUGCUCGGCGGCCCGUGCAAGUCAAGACGGAGCCGGGAGAAUCCUCGUCGGGCUCCCCCACGCCGUCGGCCUCAUCGACGGCCUCUCCUGGCUUCGUGGGGGAAGGAAGGGGUCGAGGAGGAGAGCGAGGGCGAGGAGGGCCAGGGAGGGGCAGAGGGCGGGGCAGGGGAGGCGCACCCGUGGAGCUCGUUGCUUCGGGACCCUUUUCGAUGGGCAGCAGCUCUCACAUGGGCGUAGGCCGGAGGGGCGCAUCGGGCGUCAGCCGGCCCCAUCUGCAGGCACCCUCCAACUUCCGCGGAGACAGCGACGGCAUCAAGAGCGACCCAAGCAGGAGCAUCUAUCGCAAUCCCGAUGCAGCAGCAUUGAAGGAGAGGGAGGAGUACAGCGACCCAGAAGAGGAUGGCAUCGAGAUUGUCGACAUGGAUGACGUGGCCACGCUCGACGAGCUUGCCCCGCGAGCGCUGCCGAGGAUGAAGGACCAGGCUGGCAGCCGUAAGGGCAAGGUCAAGAGAGAGGGUGGCGAGGGAAGCAGCAAGCAGGCUAUCCAAGAAGGUGGAAGUGCCAGCGAUGCGGGCAAGGGAAAGACAAAGGACGAGCCCAAAAUCAAGGUCAAGGCCGAUCCAGACGCCCUUGUUGUUGAUGAGGUCGAGGUGGGCGACGAUGAGGAAGAGACUCCUCCUCGAGCGCCACAGCCAGAGAAUGGCGAAACCGACAAGAACGAUGAGACACGCACGGCCGACGCUCUUGAUCUGGAUGCAAGCGAAGAGGAGGAAGUCAUGGACGAUCUUGUCGAAGAUUUCGUUGGCGGUCUUGGCAUGGGCGGGGAUGACGAUCCCGACAAUCGCCUCUAUCUGUUCCAGUUCCCGCCCUUGUUUCCCAAGUUUGAAGUGCCGAGGGAGGAGGCGGGCGAUGCUGCAGCAGGGCCAUCGAGCGCGCCCAAGCGCCGCUCGGUGGCGUUUGCAGAUGACACACUGGGCGGCGGAGGUGCCGCGGGCUCGUCACCUGGUCCAUCCAUAAAGCGCGAGGGAGGUCUCAAGGAUGACCCCGACACCGACAGCAAGCUUGGCGCUGGGGCCCGAUCAAGGAAGGCCAUGGGCCCAGAGGGUCAGAUUGGCCGGCUGGACGUCUUUAGGGACGGCCGCGUGAACUUCAAAUUUGGCGAUCUUGUCAUGGAGCUCACAGGAGGUAGCCAGUCGACCUUCCUACAGCAAGUCAUGAUUCUCGACGCAGAGAGCAAGAAGGCGACGACGCUCGGCGAACUCCACCGCAAGUUUGUCGUCUCACCAGAGGUAGAAUCCAUGCUGGCCGAUGUCAACGUCGUCGACGAGGGCCCCGGGAAUACUGAGCAUCCAUAGAUAGACUGUUCAUGAAGCUGUAUCUUUUACAAGACUCGUAAUCACUUUGACCUCAC